GCUUCAUUCAAAGAAAACAGUUGCUGCCUUUCUAAAAGGAAGAUCAGAGACGAGGAUAAUCAAUACUUUUUUAUUUUUAGGAAGGAUUAGAAUCUUAUUGAUUUAUCAUAAAGACGAUAAAUUUGUUUGUGCCUCAUCAAUCAACAUCCUUAAGGGAUGUUCCAAGAUCUUAUUGCGUUGGGAUAAUACAAAGACAUGUGAACUUGAAGAAAAUAAAAUUAUGAUCGAGGGUAUUUUAUUUGGUUCAGUACUUUGCAGGUAUUUUAAAGUUCUCUAAAAUUAUAACUUGGACGUCAAUCCGUUGGAAGUACGAAACCAUCGCGAUUCGAGGAAGAAGCAACGCACUAGGGUUUUGGUUCUUCUGGGCUUUUAUUUUCGGGAUGAAGCUUAAGCAGCUCGAAGGUAUUCUGGGGAGCAUUCAACAGUUCUCCAAUCCGAAGUUGGACCUGGAACAAUAUCCUACAGGGCCACACAUCGCUUCAAGGCUGCUUUAUACGGCGGAAAAUACUUUUGGUGAUGUGAAUGGCAAGGUGGUAGCUGAUUUUGGCUGUGGCUGUGGAACAUUAGGCAUUGCCAGUGCUCUUCUGGGUGCAGAAAAUGUUAUUGGUAUCGAUGUUGAUUUACAAGCUCUUGAAAUAGCUUCACAAAAUGCUGAAAAUCUUGAGGUGGAUUUGGAUCUAAUUUAUUGCAAUGUCAAAAACUUGUCCUUGAGAGGUUACCUGAUUGACACUGUUGUUAUGAAUCCUCCCUUUGGGACGAGGAAUAAAGGUUCUGAUAUGGAGUUCCUCUCUGUGGCUAUUAAGGUUGCCUCUCAAUCUGUAUAUUCUUUGCACAAGACAAGCACUAGAGAGCAUAUCAAGCGAGUAGCAUUACGAGAUUUUCAUGCCAAGAGUGCCGAGGUUUUAUGCGAGGUAUGUAAACACAAAAAUUGGGCGGUUAGGUUUGACGUCCCUCAGCUAUACCAGUUUCACAAGAAGAAAACAGUAGACCUAGCAGUAGAUCUUUGGAGGUUUGUUCCAUAAGUCUGUUCCCGUCCGGCAUUGUUCUCAUUAAACUAUUGUAGAAAUCUGAUUUUGUUAGGGGAGAAAUGAGUUCAACAACACCAAUCUUAACAUCUGUGUUUGCUUCUUUUCGAAGUUAACUAAUGAUUACAGAAAUAAUUAUGCGUGUGCGAUUCAAAGGCAAAAUUUUUAAAAUAGCAUUUGCAUAAUUUUUUUUUAAUUGAACAAGGUCACCAACUCAGCGGCUACUCACCAGUGAGGAUGAGUUGCCGCUGACUUGGUGACUCGCUGAGUCAUAUUUGCCCUAAAUCUCACAUUUUAUCUUUGUUUUGCCAUUUCUUGCGACCGAGCUUCUCGAGAAGCCAUCCUCCCUGCCCUCAAGCCUUCAUUUUGUGUCAUCCAUCACCUGCAGUGGCUCUGGCUGUCGGCAACGAAUUGUCGACAUUCCCUUUUGUUUUGCUUUUUUUUUUUUGUUUUUCUUUCCAUUUUGCGUGAGCCAUCCCUUAUUUGUGAUUUGCCAUGGAACUUGGGUGCAUUUGAUUUGGUGUUUCAAAUUUGAAUUGUAUGCAUACACAUAGAUGCUUAGGCGAAAAAUAUGUAUAUCAAUUUGUGCAUGUUUUUAGAAGUUUAGGGUUUAGAGUAAAAGGCCAAAUGUAAUUUCAAUCAG